AUCACUGAACAACAGCUCAACUCAAUUCUCAUAUUUGGUGCAUCGUGCAACUUGCUCGUUUAACGAGGGUUAAGGAAAUUCUGUUAAAAUUAAAUACUUUUUGUAUUAAAAUUUUCAAUUCAAUAUGCAGAACGACAGUGGUGAAUACGUCGAUCUUUACAUCCCCAGAAAAUGCUCUGCAAGCAAUCGUAUCAUCCAUGCUAAAGAUCAUGCAUCUAUCCAGAUAAAUAUUGCUGAGGUUGAUGAAGCUACAGGUCGAUUCACCGGCAGUUCUAAAUCAUAUGCUAUCUGUGGGGAAAUCAGAAGAAUGGGUGAAAGUGAUGAUUGUAUAUUGAGACUUGCAAAAAAAGACGGCUUAAUAGCUAAGAGUUGCUGAAAACAAAUGUAAUAUUUAAUAAAAUAAUUCACCAAAA